CAUCAGGUCGACCAGGGCUGAGAUCAGACUCUUCCACGAUGUUCCCUUUGUACCAGAGUCUGAAGUGGAUCUAUCAGAAGUUCAAAGUCAGCGCCUGGUUGCCGUUCGUUGCAUUAGUGUCUUACACUAUACUCGGUGCUUUUCUGUUCAAGUUUUUUGAAAUGGAAAACGACCAGCGAAACAGAGAGGGAUAUCGAAAUCGAACAUCUUAUGCUAUGAAUCAGGUCGUGGAGCGAAUGCUUGAGGUACGGUGUGAUGAUUUAACGCUACGCUCCGCAGAUAAAGCCUAUCAGAUAAAGCAUGCUAAGGAUGCAUUGCUUUGGUUCCUGGACCAUCUUAAUCUCACCGAGGUGUUAACAGAGCGAACCGACGACACACCGUGGACCUGGCUCGGUUCGAUGUUCUACGCGGGCCAGCUGUACACCACCAUCGGCUAUGGAUAUCCGAUAACGCAAACAGUAGCAGGCCGUGUCACAUCGAUUUUUUACAUUCUUUUUGGUAUCCCGAUAUUUCUUAUAAUUCUGAAGGACAUCGGCCGAUUGAUGUCGCGUGGAUGCCGGAAGCUCUACAAACGACUUGGUGAUUCACAGCGAAAAAUCGCGCAGUCGCCGUCGAUCAAAACCGUUUCGCAGUACUUUCCGAAUAAAGCGAAUGCCCGCCGUCACGCCGAGAACGCAUUUCCGAUUCCGAUCGCGUUGGCGAUGCUCUUCUUAUGGAUUCUGUUUUCCGCCGGUUUAUUCUGUCUCUGGGAGCGCGAAUGGGGCUAUUUGACCUCUGUCUACUUUUUUUUCGUAUCAAUCAGCACAGUCGGCUUGGGUGACAUCGUGUUCUUGAAUCCAGACAUGAUGAUCUUCAACUUUCUUCUGAUUCUCAUCGGUUUGGCGCUGUUAUCGAUGUGUUUCAAUUUGAUCCAAGUGGGUGGUGUUUUGUUUAAAAAAAACAACUCUAUGCUGAUUUUUAUUUGCAGCGUAUUUGAAUAUCGAGAGAUAAAAUUUCGGAAAGCCUUCUGUAAUACCAUCGAUCAAAAAAAUCUGGAAAAUUUGUUUAUCAGCAUCAAACGGAGAUCGCCAUAUCAGUUUAAAAGAAAUCAAAUUCUCACAUAA